AUGGGGGCGAAGCCAGCCCGGCUCUGGGCGCCGGAGAGAGCAGACAGGCCGGAGCGCAAACUCCUCCCCGCCCGGGGCGGGUCAGGCCCGGGGAGAAGGGCUGGGCGGCCGCCGCCGGGUGCUGAUAAAGCGGCCCGCGAGGGCUCCGGGCUGCUGCUGCUGCUGCUCCUUCCCGCUGCUCCCGGGCCGGCCAUGGCGAUCUGCGUGCUGGUCUGGGCGUCCGUGGUGGGCUUCCUGCUCUUCCUGCUCGUCCGAUUCGCGCGGUACUCCGACGGCGACUUCACCCUGCAGUGGCUGGAAUGGCGCGGCAAGAAGCCCGGAGCAAUGGCAGCCCCCCAACGACGAGGAGCCUUCUGGUCGGACGAGGAGGUGGAGGCCAUGCUCCACAUCCUCAUAGAAGGCAGAAUGGGACCCCAGGUGAUGCCCAGCACACACCUGAAAAACAUGAGGCUGUUUUCCAGGGUGGCCAUGUCUCUGGGGGCGAGAGGUCACCACCGCUCCGGGGAUCAGGUCUGCUCGAAAUUCAAGAGGAUUAAGGGGGACUUUUAUAAUGCCAUGGAGGCAUUUAGGGGCUUACCCCCAGCACACUCCAGGCCCCCCUAUUUCAACCUCCUUGAGGAGCUAUGGAUCCAGGCAGACCAGCCACACUGGACCCACCGAAGACACGCUGCCGCCCGGCAGGGCACAUGGGAGGCCAGGGCACAGCAACAGGUCCAGGAGAAGGAGGAGGAGGCGGAAGAGGAGCAGGGGGCCGCGGCUGCAGAGAACCCACCCCCUCCAGGACAGGAGGCUCCUGCGGCUGAAGGUAUGCAUAU